AGAGCAUUUACAUGUCAGCUUGGAAUCUGUCAUUAGAGUCGAAAUCAACACGAACCCGUACCGUGAAAUACAAGAAUAUAUUGAGGGCCAAAACUUAGCCAAAUGUAGUGGUUAUUCCUAGGAAAUCUCGAUGAACUUGAUUGCUAUUGUUGUCGUAGUUGGAAUCUACAGUGUCUUAGGGUCCUCGGACUCGAAGCCUGCACUUCGCUUCUUAGAAGAACCCGUUUCCGCUAUAGCUUUGAAAAACAGAGAGGUUAUUCUCAACUGCAGUGCUACAGGCUCAUCAAAGACUACAGUUUAUUGGAAAAAGAACGAUAUUCAGCUUCAAAAUACCUCAUCGAGAUUCAUUUUGUCUUCUGGUCACYUUGUAAUAAGACGGUUUCGAAGUAAAUCGAGAUCUAGAGAAGCUGUGAAUGAUGAUGGAGUAUAUCAGUGCUUUGCUUCAAACAACGAAGGAGUUAUCGCAAGUAGAAAAGCAAGGGUUGAGAUUGCUGUGCUUUCUCGCAAGUUCAAAGAAUAUCCAAAGAACAUAACAUUGUGGGAGGGGUCUACGGCAAGAUAUGCCUGUCAAACGAAACGUGCCCUACCAGAACCUACAAUAAGAUGGGAAAGAAAUGGACAACCCUUGACCCCUGGUGGAAGAUACGUGGUUCUACCCAAUGGUGUUCUGCAGAUCAUAAAUGUGACGAAAUCAGAUGAAGGAGGUUAUACAUGUAUAGCUCAAAAUAUUGCGAAGAAGAGAAAAAGUAAUACAGGAUGGCUGACUGUUAAGUCAGUCAUCGCUCCAGUAAAGGACACGCCCCAUUUUGCCAUUAUGCCGAGAAACACUUCAGUUGUCACUGGUCAUCUAGUCAUAAUGGAAUGUAUUGCUACUGGCGUACCAGUCCCAAGCGUACAAUGGAAAAAGGUGGUCAGUUCACACCAGGCAUUUGACGCCACUUCUGCAAACAAGGGGAGCAGUAAUCUGAAAAUACCGUCCGUCCGUGCACAAGAUGGCGGGGAGUAUCUUUGUAUUGUCUCAGGUGGAGGAAAAACUAUUGAACAGUCAGCCUUUUUAUUUGUCCAAGAACCUCCACAAUUUAUCGUCAAACCUCAACCCCGAGGUAUAGCAGAGGCAGGAAAGACAAUCAAACUGCACUGCUCAGCCACCGGUUCACCACCACCAAGAAUUACCUGGUUAAAAGAUGGACAAGUCUUGAACAGGAAUAGUAGGAUCAUGCUGAUGCACAGUGGACAGAAUAGAGAUUUGACUAUUUCAAGAUUAUCGGAGCGAGAUGCCGGAGUUUAUCAGUGCUUUGCUGAGAAUGACUUGGGGAGUACGCAGUCCAGUACCAGAGUGAUUGUUAGAAGAGCUGUUACAAAUCCUUGGCCCCCAAGGAACGUGACAGCUAUAGCUCGUACAGAUUCAGAGAUCAUUGUCGCCUGGCUCCCUCCYCUUGGAGACAACCGUGUCCUCGCUUACUCUAUCAACUAUCAACCAGAAGACAAAAGUACACGAGAGUUCCAAGUCGUUCGACAGGGGGUCAGCUGCAGCAUUAAAGAUCUACGAGGAUACACAAAGUAUACUGUGUACGUGAAGCCUUUCUUUCGGAAUGGUAGUGGAGCUAGGUCUGCAACUGUCACUGUUAGCACCCUAGAAGGGAAGCAUUGACGUCAAAUGGGAUGACCCACCAAAAAGAUACCAAAAUGGUAAAAUUACAGGUUACAUCAUUCAAUACUCAUUGAACUCUGGCCAGGCUAUUCCUCAGAGCAUACAAAUACCCACUGGUAUCCUACAAAAGACUAUUACUGGACUCAAAAGUGGCCAGGUUUAUAAAGUACAARUAGCAGCAGCAACUGCUAAGGGUGUAGGACCAUUCAAUGAAGCCAAAGUUAUUGCCGUUGCCACUCAGCYGAAAAAUGUCAUCAGCUCACCUACAAUGACAAUCAACGCACUAAACAGCACCGCCCUGGAAGUGACGUGGCUCCCUCCAGUAUUUGGGGCUCAAAGGGUCAAAGAAUACAGACUGCUGUAUCGAAAAACUGACCAAUCAAAUUCAUUUACUGGCCCAGUCAUCAUUGCCAAUAACAUUAAAAGACAUCUUGUCACUCAAUUAAGAUCUAAUACUCAAUAUGUAAUCAGAUUGAUGGCACACGAUGGUUACAAACCUGGACAACAAGCAGAAGAAAURGGCCGUACAUUGCCAGCUAAUGCAGACAAAGUAAAAGUUUCAUCACUCAAUGUCAAAUGUGUUCCUGCAAGCCCAACGUCACUACUAGUCUCCUGGAUAUUUCCUGCUAAAAAGGUUGCAUUUUACCAAGUCAGCUAUGAAAUCAAAGGGAAUAUUAACCACAGAACAGUCUCCAAGCUAAAGGUCUACACAGAGAGUACAAGGGUAACGGGUUUGAGGCCUGGAAGGACGUAUUUGAUACACAUAACRCCACAUGAUUCUGAACAGAAUAAAAUAUCGGGCUUUGCUGGCCAACCUGUCGAAUGUGAGACGCCAGAAGCAAAGCCGGAAUCUCCACCAAUAAAUGUCAAGUUUGAAGUGAAAUCUGCAACAGAGUUAAAACUGAGUUGGGAGCCACCUAUCAAGCCUAAUGGAAAGAUCACAAACUAUGUCAUUCUAUACAGUGAAGACAAAGAGCUACCAGAAAAGGACUGGACAUCAAAAACAGAAGCUCUGACAAAGUUCUUUGCGAGAUUCGAAAAAUACGUUACGUCGCAAAUAAUAGGUUUAACUGCAAAUGCCACAUACUAUCUUAAAAUCAAAGCAGGCAAUAAACAAGGCUAUGGACCAUUCACAAAUCUUAUUAAAGUAUCGAUGGUCAAGCCAGACGAGGCAUCACUAGUCGAUGAAGCACCUGUUGUAAGUUAUAGAUUAAGUUCUGGUACAGCUGUGGAGGUCUCAUGGCGUCAUGCGGUCACAAGUUUAGGAAAGCCGAUCAAUUAUAGAUUGAUAUACACUGAAAACCCAGAAUUGGACAGUUCCAUGUGGCUUGAGCUUGUCGUCCCUGUUACAUGGGCUAUGAGAUCUGAGAGAAGAGUUGUUGUACAGUUGCCUAGUCUAAUGGCUAAUCAGACCUAUUAUGUGAAGGUCCAAGCCAGAUAUCCAAAUCAGGAGGGGUCGUGGUCAAAGAUGUUGAAAAUACAAGUAAAAGAUUCAAUCAUGCAAAGAACAAGACUCCAAUAGACAUGAUGACRCAUAAUGGUAUUCCAAAUGGAUUACCCAAAGGUUAUAUGCCACCCAUUGCCCUAAGUCACCMGUCCAUAGCAUCCAAUAGAACAGGACUGGGAAUGGGUUACGAGGAAUCAUCAGGAGGAUCUAGUAUUGGAUCAAGUGUUUGUCAGUGUAGAUGCACUUGUAGUGCAGGACGGUUUCUACCUCCAAUUCCUGCCUUGCAACCAAAGCCACCACAGAAGCAGCUGGUUGGAAAUGGAAUUAUCGUAACUAGUAAUGGUCAUGUCAUUCCGUCAAGUGAUGAAUGAUUCUGUGCCGACAGAUACCCCAGUCCCAUUACAAGUAAUAGCAGAGCAGCAGAAUGGGAAAGUUGUGGUUGGAAAAAGAGGUUCUACCAGCCACAGCAUAUCAGUGGAUGUCUAACGACCAUUCAAUCUAACACAUAUCUUGUGGUAUUCAUACGUACGAUUAUUAUUCACGAAGAAUUUAUAUAUUAUCAUAUAAUACUAUUGAUACCAAUAUUACUACGACUAUUAUAUAUAUAUAUAUAAUCCAUAAACUACGAAAAACAUAUACUUCUUGCAGUAACAACACUAAAACCAUGAACACUUCGAGAUUUUUGUCACUUUUUGRAAAAUAUGUACUGUAAAUCAAUCAUUGAGUCAAUCAGUAGACCUCAUAGGUUGCUAUCAAUAGACGUCACUUCCGGUAAUAGCUGCGAGUUUAAUACCUUGUAGAAUCUUGGAGGUUGUUUUGAUCUCUUGUUUUCUGGUUUGAUGUCGUAGAAAUAGUCAAAUGCUGUAGUUUGAAGACUUAUUUUGACAUGUUUUGACUUAACAUUCGCUAGUUGCCCCUCAGUCAACCGCUUAUUUGCCCCCAGUCAGCUCCAAAAAAGUCACGUGAUUGAUAGUAAGCAAUUCGUGGUGUGACAAUGUUUUCCCAAUUCAGCGUGACAUACAUCCAGAGAAUUUAUUUUCUAUUGUUUUUACUCUUCGAAAUAUUCAUGAGUAUCCCAAAGGAUACGAAUGAAAUAAAAAUGAUAUCCCGACGGGUUUCAAAACAAUAGCUUUUCAUUCCCUUAGAGGCUUGUCACGUUCAAUUGGGAUAACAUUGUCACACAACGAAGAAGGUCAGUUUGAAUGACAUUUAUAUUGAUCACCCGGUGUAUUUGAACUCAAUCCUUCAUUUUAGAGGGUUUGAAAAUGUAGAAAGUUCAGGAAAUUAUAACCAGAAAAUCUUGAAUAGUUCAUGGUUCGAGUGUCGUCACUGUAAAACUUUUUAUAAAUAUUAUUUUUAUGACCAGAACUUUUAAUUAUCGACUCUUCUUUACAUUUUAACGUUUUUUUAACUAAUUAUAAGUAGUGUUAUAUUGAGUCCUCGACGAACUAUAAUGACRUCAUAACUCUAUCAAUCAGAACCCUUAAAAUAGAUCUUACAAAUUCUGCUUAUACUCUUACAUUGAAACGAAGAAAGCCGUGAACAGCAAAAGAUAUGCCUGGAAUGUUAAACAUCGUGUUCUGACCAAUCACAUGGCACAGUUAAUUAGAAAUGAAUUCAUUCUCGCAUGUGAUUGGUCAGAACACGAUGUUUAACAUUCCAGGCAUAUUUUAGGUGUGACGGCUUUCUUAGUUUGACUGUAAAUUUGGUUUUGUCAACAAACUAUUGAAAAAUAUAUAUUUAAUCAUCUACUAAGAAUUCAAAUAUUUCUAACUUGAUUAUAAACUUCUAAUUUUGUGAAGUACAGUCGAUUCUUACAAAUGAAUCCAUUCAUAGUGAGAUACUUAUUGCGUUUAGAGAGAUCUAUUUUUCUAGGAGCUAUUAUAGCACAGUUGGUAAAUGCUGGUAAUGAAACAUAAAAUCUACUUUACCUUGCUGAAAUAAAACUCGAGCGAGAUGCACUCCAACCUAGGA